UGGGUUUUGUUUGAAUUACUUCAUCUGAAAAAAUCAAUUUAUCUCACGCAUAAUGGCUUUGUGUACUAAAGUUUUACCUGGUGAUAACUUCAGAAACUUAAUAACUAUUCUGAUGGUUCUUGCCACAGUACGUUUCCUUAAUGGCAUGGAUGGAUAAGCAAAACCUAACAAUGUUAAACGAAUUCAUACUAAUGGGGAUCACAGACCGCCCUGAGCUCCAGGCUCCAUUCUUCGGGUUGUUCCUCAUCAUCUACGUGAUCUCAGUGGUGAGCAACUUGGGCAUGAUCAUCGUCACCAAGAUGGACUCCAGGCUAAAAACACCCAUGUACUUUUUUCUCAGACAUCUGGCUUUUAUUGAUCUUGGAUAUUCAACUGCUGUGGGGCCCAAAAUGUUGGCAAAUUUUGUAGUGAAUCAAAAUAUAAUCCCCUAUCAUUGGUGUGCUAUACAGCUAGCUUUCUUCAUAAUGUUCAUCAUUAGUGAACUUUUUGUUCUGUCUGCAAUGGCCUAUGACCGCUAUGUGGCCAUCUGUAACCCUCUGCUCUACAAAAUUAUCAUGUCUCAAAGAGUAUGCUGGGGCCUGGUGGUAGUUCCCUAUCUCUACAGUGCCUUUCUCUCUCUUCUGACCACAAUAAAGAUUUUUAUUUCUUCUUUCUGUGGUUAUAAUGUUGUCAGUCAUUUCUACUGUGACAGUCUUCCAUUAUUAACAUUGCUGUGUUCAAGCACACAUGAUGUUGAACUGAUGAUACUGAUCAGUUCAGCAUUUAAUUUAGUUUCAUCCCUUCUGAUAGUUCUUGUGUCCUACAUGUUGAUCCUUGCAGCCAUCCUUAGGAUGAACUCUGCAGAGGGGAGGUACAAGGUCUUCUCCACGUGUGGAUCUCACCUGACAGUAGUAUUUGUGUUAUAUGGGACUCUGUUCUUUACGUAUGUGAAACCCAAAUCCAGCCAUUCCUUUGAUACCGAUAAGAUGGCCUCUGUAUUUUACACUGUGAUAAUACCUAUGCUGAAUCCCUUAAUAUAUAGUUUGAGAAACAAAGAAGUAAAAGGUGCCUUGUAUAGGAUAUGGAAAAAUUUGUCCAAAAGUUCUAUUUAAAGUUCAGUAUAGAGUGCGUAUUCAACAAAUUAGUUAUUGACAGUUGUUUAUUUAAGGUUCUAGGUUUUUAGAAAUAAAAUGUAGAAAAGGCAUGGUAAAGUAGAGUAAUUUUCCUUGUUUUCAAUCAAAACAUCUAACAUAGAUGUUCAAGUACUGAUUAUUCUUCUGGUAUCAAUGUUGGUUUGGACUUAAAUUCAGAACAAGUGCCUGAAUUCCACAUCGCUGUUCUUGCAUUGCCGCAAAUAUAUGUUACCAUUAAAGAGAAUCCUUUUGUAUGCAUCUCUUAGUAAACAAUCUUUCCUAAAAUUUAAAUAUUAAACUAAAAAAAUACAUUUUCUUUGUGUCUUACAUGUCAUUUAAACACAGUGUUUGCACCAUGCUUAUAUAUAGCGAC